AUGACGGACUAUAAUUCCUCUGGACCCUGUACUCUUUGCUAUGGAGACAAAAAGAAUGACACUUUCAAGAUAAAUUCAGAUGCCUUUGUGGGAUCAACCAUUGGACAUGAAAUGAAGAAGAUGCUGGUGGCUGUGGUGUCCCGCGUGUUGUUCGGGGUUGUCCAGCCUCCAGCCCACCAAGGGCUGUUGGCCUACCAGAACUUCUCAAAACAUGGCACCUGCAACAUUAACAAAUGCGACCUGUACCAGCUGGACGAGGGUCCAGCCACCUCCACAGUGCUCACCCAGGAGGACAGCCUCAAGUGUUACCAUGCCAAGCAGGUGGUUGGCCACAUGGAGCUGAAGGCUCUACAAGCAGAAGUUCAUCUGGGCUUCUGCCACCUGUGGGACAGCCAGGAGGCCUGCUGCGAGGGGCUGGAGGCCACCAUCAACCCCUCGGAUUACGUCAUCACGGUCCACUGUGCUCAAGGCCUGUGUUACAUGGGCUUGUCUGUCAAGUCCAUCCUGGCAGAGCUGACAGGACGUCAGGGAGGCUGUGCCAAAGGCAAGGGCAGGUCCAUGCACAUGUACGCCAAGACCUUCUCCCCAGGCAAUGGCACCGUCAGGGCCCAGGUUCCCCUGGGAGCCGGGGUUACUGUGGCUUCUAAGUACCUGGGAACCGUUGAGAUAUGCCUGGGCCUGUAUGGCGGUGGCACGGCCAACCAGGGCCAGGUGGCCGAGGCCUACAAUUUGUCAGCACUAUGGAAACUGCCAUUAGUCUGCGAGAAUAACUGCUGCCGCCUGGGGACUGCAAAUGAAAGGGCAGCGGCCAGCAACUUCAUCCCCGGGCUGUGGGCUGUGAGUGAAUGGGAUGGAUGUGCUCUGUGUUGGCGAGUCACGUGGUUCACUGCCAACUACUGCCCCGGAAAGGGGCCCAUCCUGAUGGAGCUGCAGACCUACAGUUAUCACGGACACAGUAUGAGCAACACUGGCAUCAGCUAUCGUUCCUAUCGUUCGUAGGAAGAAAUUCAUGACAGGAGAAGUAAAAGUGAUCCUAUUAUGCUUCUUCGUGAGCGAAUGAUCAGCAACAACCUCAGCAGUGUGGAAGAACUGAAGAUCGAUACAGAUGUGAAAAGAGAGAAAGUGGCCCAGUUUGCUACCACUGAUCCAGAACCACCUUUGGAGGAUUUGGCCAAUCACAUCUUCACCACUCAGCCGCCUUUUGAAGUUCGCGGUACAAACAAGUGGAUCAAGUACAAAUCUAUCAGUUAA